CUCGCCUGAUGACUCGCGACCCUCUGCCUGCCUGCUUCCCCGGCCAGCUCUUCCCUUCGUUGAAAAUUUUUGGGGGAUCUCUGAUAUUCUUUGCUUUGGUAUAUCGUUUCUCUCUUGGGGCUCUCUCCAUCCUCUUGUCUCCAUUCACUUGCGAAAUAAGAAGCUCCUCACUUGGUGCGGGCACCCGUACCUCCCACUUUUGAUCAGAGAUGUCAGAUAACCUCUCCGAGGCGGAUAAG